AUGCCAGCUAAGACAGACAAAAAGAAGAAGCGGAGCAAGUCAAGGUCCAAGGAGAAAUCCAAGGAGAAAUCCAGGACACGGAUGACUUCGAGAGGAUACGAACGCCGACGAAGCAGAAGUGCUCCCCGGGACCACCACAAGUUACACCGUAAGGAGGAGAAGGAGGACGAAAUUGGCAAUGGUCCGCCUGACGACGACGACAGCGACAGCGAGCACGACGAGGAAGCUGAGCCUGUCUGUCCGCAAAGAUCUGCUCCUCAACGGCGGCGCCCACAACAAGAUGCUCGGCCCCUGCCUCACCGCUCGUACACGCAGCCUCAUCCUCAUGCCGGCGGAACCCAUGCACCGCAGACACCCCAAAGAGGAGCUCCACCCAUGCAUCCGAGCCGCGGCCAGUCUUACGGAGGUUCAACUCAAACACCUGAGCAGGCCGCUUAUUACAAUGCAAGACAUGCUGCACCUCCUCCAGUUCCCAGCCCAAGCUACCAAUAUGGUUACCCACCUCAGUACUUUUCCACGUCACCUCACGGACCGCAAAUACCGCGAUCUCCUCAGGCCGCGCAGUUCAACUCGUUUGGAGUCCCGUACUCUAUGCAACAGUCCGUACCGCUCGGGUACAACCAGCAGCAGGCGUAUGCCCAAGCUUCGGCCGCUUACCGGCAGUCGCCUCCGUAUACUCCCCAUCAUUCGUCAUAUGCACACCCGUCAGCCGGCUAUGAGGGAUCACCUCAACAGAGUUGUCAUAGAACAGCUUACUCUCCACAUAAAUCCUCAUAUCCGUCGCCGAAUGCUUCUCCACACAUGCGUCGAUCGAGUGCCUCUUACCGGGAGAGUCCACCACGAUCCAACGACAGGCCGAGGCGCUCAGAUGUUUAUGAUAUUUAUGGGUCGAGAUGGGACGGCAUGGACUACGGAAUGCCGUCCACGGGCCCGAAACUUCGAAGAUCUGCGACUGCGUCAUCACACGUCCCGUAUGAUGACACGCACAGGCGGUCUCCAGAGAUUCCUAGGAGCAGACCGUCAUAUGUCUAUGAUGACGACGACGACCGUGAGCGAAGGCAAGGAGGACGUACUCCAAGAUCGGGUGGUCGUCAUUCGCGGCAGACCGAGCCUUCCUUUGUAGGUUUGGAUGAAUAUGACUUUCAGCGCUUCGAUGGCCAGCGGGGACAUCGGUCACCGGAGCGAGAGCAUCGCAGGUCAGAGUGUUGUGCUGAGCCCGAGACGAAGUCUCGGCGGAGAGAUUCGCGGUAUGAGGCAGACAGCGAUGGGGGUGAUGGUCACUCUCGGUCUCCGGAUGACAGACAGUAUGCAACGCCGCGCCGGGCAAGAAGUGACACUGACGAACACAGCCGUCCUUGGGAAGAUCGCCAGCCACCUCGUACACCUGCACGGGGGCCGGAAGCUGAGUCUUCGCAGCAGCCUCGAGCACGGCCUGCAAGAAGGGGAAAGCCGGAUCCCAAGAAGAUAGAUGAGUAUCAGAAGCUUCUUAAUUUCAAGCCAGGCAGUAUUGACCUCAAAGCCAUCGAGCAGGCCUUGGACGCUCAGAAGAGCAUUAAACUAAGCAGGGUGUGCCGGUAUGUCGCAACGGAGGAUCCUUUCGCAAAGGACUGGCAGUCUGUCGCACAGGGUCAGACGCCCACGCCCGAGGAAAACGACCCUUACGCUUCCGCCUUCCUGCUGGUGAGUGGGGAGGGUGUUCCGCGGGACGAUCCUGACUUCUUGCAUGGCGUGGCUGCUUUUGCCUUGCUCGCGGCGCAAAGCCCGCUGGACAAGGAGCCGGUGAAGCGUAAAGAUCCCAAGCAGCUGAUCCCGGAUACUGUAUCCCUGAGUUGGUUCUGUCGGCACGUGGGCGAGGGUCAGGACAUCCUCUCCAUGAUGCGCAGCUUGAUCGGCCAGCUGCUUUCUCAUGGAGACAUGCAUGCUCCGCACGAAGCGCCGCCGAAGACGUUCGAUAAGAUGUUGGACUUCCUCAAACACUGCAUCGUGGAGCAGCUGCGGGCUCGCCACAUUCUUUGCGUUAUCGACUCCCUUCAUGUGUACUCCGGCAAAGAGUGCAUCAAGCUUGUCGAGGCUCUGGCUGCACAUACGAAGGGUCGUGCUGGAGAUUUCAAGGUGAGAUUGAUCAUCACCGCCUUGUCCUCCGAAAGUGUCCUCAGUGCCGAUCUAGAGCCAGCCCAGCAUCUUACAGUACUCGACCAUGUGGUGAAUGAGUACCGUAGGCGGCGGGCGCAGUAG